UGGAACUCUUUCUUAUUGGUCUAUUAACUAAUUUACCGCUUGGGGAUGUCUCCAGGCAGGACAAAACUCCAUCCCACUAAAGCAGGCUGAAAUGUCAUGCAGUUUUUUCAACCAGCUCUUACACUAAAGGAGCAUUAUCAUAAUUUUCAAAAUUGUUAGUGUUGUGAGAUGUGCUCUAUUUGCCAUGGCAAGAGGUCUGUUUUCAUGGGUCUGGCUGAGGAAGCUUAUCUACAUACAGGCCCGAUUCUCCCACCUGCACAUGAAGUAUCUGUUCUUCUCAUGGCUGGCAGUGUUUGUGGGUAGCUGGGUGGUGUAUGUGGAGUACUCAUCCUACUCAGAGCUGUGUCGUGGACACGAGUGCAAGAAUUCCAUAUGUGACAAGUACAGGAAAGGAGUGAUCGACGGCUCGGCAUGCAGAAGCCUGUGUGAAAAAGACACGCUGUACCUGGGGAAGUGUCUCUCUGCCAACCCGAACAACCAGGUGUACUCAGGUGGCUGGGGGGACCUAGAAGGGGUGAUUAAGUGCCAAAUGGAAGAGAUUCCUCAUUAUAACCUGGGAGCUGAGAUGGAGCACAGGAAGGAGGCAUCGCCCUUCAACAAGCCCACCAAGGGAACUUCCGUGGAGAAGUUCAAAGAGAUGGUCCUCAGCCACCUCAAGACCAAGGUGGGUGAACAGGCCAACCUUCCAGACCUGGUGAGCCUGGUUUUCUCCGUGGCCGACUACAACAAAGAUGGCCUCAUCUCCUUGCCGGAGGCCCGCUCCACGUGGGCUCUUCUCCAGCUCAAUGAGUUUCUGCUAGCAAUAGUCCUGCAGGACCGAGAGCACACCCCUAGGCUCCUGGGCUUCUGUGGGGACCUGUAUGUGAUGGAGAAGGUGCCCUAUGCUCCCCUGUACGGCAUCAGCCUGCCCUGGGUGGUGGAGCUGUGGAUCCCCGCGGGGGUACGACGCAGCAUGGACCAGUGGUUCACGCCCUCCUGGCCCCGCAAGGCCAAGAUCUCAAUCGGCCUCCUGGAGCUCGUUGAGGAUGUCUUCCACGGGACCUUCGGCUCCUUCCUCAUGUGUGACGUGAGUGCGGACGGCUUCGGUUACAACGACCGCCACGACCUGAAGGUGAUGGACACUCGCCACAUAGUCCCCGAGGCCACCUUCCAGAAAGCCAUGAGGGAGCGGCGGUGCGACACGGAAGAGGACUGUCUGUACGGUGCCGACUGUCGCACUUCCUGUGACCUCACCAAGCACCGGUGUACUCCAGAGGUGACGCAGCCCAACCUGGCCAAGGCGUGCGGCGCACUGAAGGAUUACCUCCUGAACGGGGUGCCGGCUGACAUUCAGGAGGAGCUGGAGAAACAGCUGUAUGCAUGUAUAGCAUUAAAGGGCUCGGCCGAACAGAUGGAGAUGGAACACUCGCUUAUACUGAACAACCUGAAGAGCUUGUUGUGGAAAAAGAUAUCGCACACUAAGGACUCCUAAUGAUGUGAAAACAUAGGUACAUCCAGAUCCUGGAUUUGAAAGUAUUGAUUGGAACAGAGUUUCUACCAUUGUAAAUCAGGACACAGAUGAACACUACUGCUGCCCCCUCAUGCUUUUUAGGGAACUAUAAUGAACAAAUGUAAACGCAACAUGUAAAGUGUUGGUUCCGUUUUUCAUGAGUUGAAAUAAAAGAUACCAAGAAAUGUUCCAUAUGCACAAA